AUGCCGAUACCAUCGUCCUCCUCUAGCCAUUAUCUCCGCCCGAUUCUACCAAGACCGACACUAUCCAGCGAAGAACCGGAUGCUCUUUCGGAGACGGACCGAACGCUGGCGCCAGUUCCGUCGUCCUCACCUGAUAGCGGUACACAUACGACCCAAAGCCGAGUGCGAUCACCACCAAGACCUUCUUCAAGACAGAGAGUACAAAGAGCCUACAGCGCCGAUCCGACACCUCCAACCGUGCAGAUUCGCAAGUUGCUGCCAACACCACCGCCUUCGUCUGAAAAUGUUAGUUCUAGUAUGCCCGUCGCCCUAGGUUCGCAGCGGCCCAAACAGGUUCGAGAGAGUCCUGGUACAAGAGUUCUAGCCAGUGCGUGGGACAAACCUUCGGUUCCUAAUGCCCAGCUUGGCCCUAUUCCCCCGGGGCGUCUACCAGUUCGCCCCUUGAUACCAAGAACUGUCCGGCAAAUCGACCACGAAGGGUCACAAGAUACAGUGGAGGCAAACGAGGCAAGAGAGGAGGAGAUUCGGGGGAUGAUACAAGGGGCAGACCGCCGCCACAUGCAGAGGAAGAUGGACUCUGAGGAUCGUGCAUGGUGCGCACCGGUUCCACGGUCGACGAUUCUGCAGAGAACCAAGGCGUUUCACGAAAGCAUGAACGAAGACUCUACUCUUGACAUUGAUCACUGUAGAGUGUGUUAUCAACAACAGUCUCCGAAGUCGCUGGUCGAAUACACCUGGGUUGAGCUGGAGCCUCUCUACUCGAGGGUUGAGGACAAGAUCCCGGAGCUGGACAGAGAUCAUUUUCUGUGUGUGCAGUGCUUCCCCCGGUCGUCAGGUGCGACUUUCCCCGUGUGCUCCGAUUGCAAGACUUCCUUGCAGCAGGAGAAGUUGCCGUAUGACUGCCAUGUGAACAACUUGUCGCUGGGCUGCGUCCAUAGGUAUCCUGGCGCUUUGAGGGACCUCUCGCCGCUAGAGGAGCGCCUCAUUGGUAUUCACAUGCCGUGCGGCUGGAUCACGAAGUUGACCAUCGACGUCGAAAAAUCCACGAGUGGCCGCUAUCGCAAACACAAGAGGGGCCAUAUCACGGUCUUUCCAAACGACGUCCAAGGAUUGGCAGCCAAUGUUUUGCCUCAUCCACUCGUCGAAGAGCUGGAGAGACUGCACGUCUGUUUCGUCGGUCCCCGGACACCGGUGCCAUCCGACCUAAGCUUCAUGUUAUCGGUCAACCCGCAACAUCUCAAACGUGCUCUCGUGUGGCUCCGGGCGAACAACUCACUCUACCGAGAUAUCGUUAUCAGUGAAGAUCGCCUGCAGGCCUGGGGGAAAUGGUGUCCUGGAACCGAAGUCCCACGCGUACUCUUCGAGAGGAUGGUACCGUACGAGCUGCGUGCCGAGGACGAGAUCCGGACAGGUCACUACGUCCCCCCGGCCGAGCGAGGCCGACCUGACGAGCCACUGCGCGAUGCCCACGAGGUCAUCGCAAGCCUAGAAGAUAGAGAAACCGAUGCUGCACAGCUCGAAGCUGAAAGUAAUGCUAGGCUAGGCGGGCCCCGUAUAGGCGGGCGCGAUCCAGAUGAGAUGGAUCCUCGCCGUGUAGAGGAAGAACUCUCAGAGUUGACCUCGACUGGGCUGAUGGCUACUGAAAUAGCGGGAGAGCAUAGCCCGCAAGAACGACUUCGACUCCUCCGCAAAGCAACAAUGAGAGGUUGCCAAUGGCGGCGAGGCCAAAAGCGAAAGAAUGAUACCGAAGAUACCAGACUUAGGUACCGGGAUACGGAAGCCUACAUAGUGAGCAGCAGAAGCGGAGACUUCGCCGACUCGAACGAUCCCGAUUUCUUCCCCAAGACUUUCCCCUGUCUGUUUCCAUGGGGCCGGGGCGGUCCCAGGAUAUUGGAGGAAGAAGGAGACGAUGAGUACGGGCCGGAGUCGGACGAGCCGCAUGUCCGCAAGGGAUACAAGCCGAACGGAUUCUAUCUCCGGACGUGGGCCCGCCUCUGCCUACAAAGGCACGAGAACCGGCGGAUCAGUUAUCUGCGGAUGAAGAGAAGCUCAUUUGCUGACAUCGAGCAGAUCGUGACAUCUCUCACCGCCGACGAGAUCGAAGAGGCGGAGCAAGAAUACCGUGAGACACGGGCUACUUCCAACAAGAAAAUGGCGUACUUGAUUCGGGAGCUGAGCGCGUUUGGGCAACGACAGCACAUGUCGAACGAAGAGCGCCUCCACUCGAGGAGAAAGAUAAAGUCGCUAUGUCUGAAGCAUGGGAUGCCAAGUGUCUGGUACACCAUCAACCCGAACGACCUCACCAACGAGGUCAACAUGAAACUCGCCGCCUUUCGGGUAGCGGAUGGAGCGCAGGCCGAACAGCUGAUGGAUAAGUUCCGGAAGCAGAUCGGUCGCGUCCAGCACGUCGUUCGAGAUGCGGUUAGUUCAGCCAAGUUUUUCCACCGAGAGUUAGGGCUUUUCUUCCAGCAUUGUGUUUCUGUUGGUGAAGGAUCGAUAUUUGGCAAGCUUUCAUGCUAUUUCGGCUGCGUCGAGACGAACGAGCGUGGCGCUCUCCACUUACAUGGGCUCUUGUGGCUGGACGCCAAUCUUAGGCUCCCGGACUUGUUUAAAGAUAUUGCCGAGCCGAACAAUGCAGGCUACGCAGAGCAGUGUUGCGACGAAGGUAAGGCGCGGCGAUACCGUCGAUGGGAGAGCGUAUUUGCCGAUAUCAGGCAUCUGACCGAAGACAUCGCGAGCCUAGACGAAGUCUUCGAUGCCGAGGCGAACUGGGUCGCGCACCGGUGUCAGAUGCACAGUUGCGGGGCGACAUGCACGAAGUACAGCUUUCAUGACAAGAAGAACAAGGCCAGAAAUCGACACCCCUGUCGCUUCAAAGCACCAUGGGCACUGCGCGAGCGAACCGAGUUCACCAACGACGGGCUUCUGCACGUACGCCGAAACCACGAACGAAUCAACAGAUACAGCCCGGCCUUAGCAGUAGCCAUGCGCCACAAUACCGAUACGGCAUUUCUCCCGACCAAUUCAGCCGGGCUUUCGAUGGUGUACUACGCUACGAACUACUCGACGAAACUGGACACGCCGCUUUGGAAAAGGGCAGCGCUGGUCAAGACGGUGUUUGACGGGAUGGCUGAUGAAGAUGACGACCAUGCCCUGGCUGCUGGGGAUGGCACGGAGAAGGCGGCGCAGCGGAACAACAAGACCCGGCGGUUCCUUGCUCGUACGGCUAACCAGAUCUUCACUAGCCGAGAACUAUCAGCCGUCGAGGUUUGCAGCAACCUCCUCGGGUAUAAAAACAGCUACUGUAGCGAGACAAGCUGGGCCAACGUUUAUCUCAGCACGCUCUACUGGGCAGUCUUCCGUCGUUGGGGAGGCCUUCGCGAAGCAGCAGGACCGGAGAUGCAGCAGCGGGUAGUCCCCGAAACGAUCGGAUUCGGCGCCGGCGGCAUCACUUUGCCGUCGUCCGAAGCGUACGCGUAUCGUGGCCUGCUUCUGCGAGAGCUCUGUUUUUACGAAUACGUCUCCAUGGUCCGCCAUGCCAAGCGAUACCUGUCGUUACCGGCCACCUUGACCACGAUGCCCAAAACACAGAAGAAGGGUACUACAGAAGGCAAGUAUAGAUACAAGACGGAUUUGAGGCAUACGUUUCACGAUGCCGUUUUCAGCCUGCAAGAUGGCGCAGGAGUCGCACAUGAUUCUCCAGGCAUCCAAGGGCUACUGGAAACAUUAGACACAUUCGGGUUCUCCGGCCUAGAGGAUCAUCCUGCGGUACAGAAUAGUAACACCCAGCCGCAUGCGCAGAUGAAAAUGCCGAUGCGGCAUCUGAAAGCCACCAAGGCAGCACAGGAACGGUUCCACAAAGAGAGAAUGCUGGCAAUCGAAGGUGAUGAACUUGGCGCGGGGCUGUUCCACCCCGGUGCGGAAACGGGGUUCGGCGACGGCGAGGCCUAUGCGGGGUUCCCAGCCCGUCCCGAAGAAGGCAGUUCGAAACCUGCGGCAACGUGGGUCAACAUCACAGCAGCCGAUACCUUUCAGCGGGCAGGAGCGGUCAUCGGUGCGGAUAGGACGUUGAACCGAAUGCAAACGAUCGCGCUUGGCCUCAUCUGUGAGGCACUCGACGAGCAGCGAGUGAACGGCGCUGAUCGACAACACCUGCAAUAUAUCGGCGGAGGAGGCGGGACCGGCAAGUCAUGGCUCAUCGAUACACUGAAAGAGGUCUUUGCAGCCAAGGAAGCGUCCAGUCGACUCGUCAUCACAGCAACGUCAGGGACAGCCGCAGCAGGGAUCGGCGGCACCACGAUCCACUCCGCCGUAGGGCUAGCCUUCCGAGACGCGGAAGGCGCCACCGUAGAGCCACUGUCGUCUACCAAUCUAGAAAGGGCCAAAGAGCGAUGGCGGAGGCGGGAUGUCCUUGUAAUCGACGAGACCAGCAUGCUUGGGCUUCAAACGUUAUACGAUAUCGACAAAAAGCUCAGAAUGCUGAGAGGCUUCCCGGAGAAGUGGUUCGGUGGCAUACCAGUUGUCGUAUUGACCGGCGACUUCCUCCAAUUCCCGCCCGUACUGCAAAAGAGCCUGCUUAGCAAUACCGGGGGAGAUAUCGCGGUUACGGGGAGCACAAGAUCGAGCAGCCGAGCAGCAGAGAGACGCUGGAAGGAGUCCGAGGCCAAGAAACUAUGGCAGGGCUUCACCAAUGUCGUGAUGCUCGAAGAGCAGAAGCGGGCUGAGGGAGACACCCAAUUGCUUGGUUUUCUUGAGCGCCUUCGAGAGGGCAGACAGACGAGAGAGGACGCAGCUAUGCUGGGGGCACGGUAUGACGGCAAAUCGAAAUUCGAUUUCUCCGGCGGCAGGCGUGCUGUGAUCCCCCUGAACCGCCACAGGUGGGAACUCACGUUACAUGCGGCCCUGGCGUACGGCGCGGAAACUGGUCGUCGGGUGUCAAUAUACCUAUCGAACCACAGGUGGGAGUCGCGGAUACCUACAGCAGCCGAGAGAAGAGCAGCUAUGCUGUUGGGAGACGAGGGCAAGUUGAGCGCGGCCGGUUUGUUCCCUUACGUCGAAGGUAUGCCGGUCGUGAUCACCGAGAACAGGUACAUGGGUCUCAAGGUGGUCAAUGGCGCAGAGUUCACAGCUGCGGGGAUCCUCCACCCACCGGGGCUUGAGGAGAUUGUCAUAACUGAGAAGCUGUCUGUGUUCCUCGGGCCGCCCAGCGGUAUCCUCCUCCGUUCCGAAGAGACGAUAGGGCUGGCGUUUCCUCACCUGCCACCCGAUACCGUGAUGUUGCCGUCAGCCAACUUCCGAGUCCCGGAGAAGCAUGCCAAAACACUCCGGCCCGGUUUGCGAGAUUGCAAUACAAAGCUGGGGCUCGUCCGGACAGGGCUGCCGUGCACACCAGGCUUCGCGUUGACCGACUUCAAGGCUCAGGGGCGGACACUGGGCAAGACGCUGCUGGGGCUGUACGGGAGAACGACGGGGAGAAUUGCAGGAGAGGUCGAAAGAUGCGACCCACCGCUGAACGUGAGCCAGUUCCUAGAGGCACGUAUGCCGGAGGAGCUGGUCGAGGGAGCCAAGAGGCUGAAGCUGGUCGCAGAGACGACAGUCAAAGAAUUCGAGGCGCGGCGGAGACGCGAACAACAAGGGGGCGGAACAAGAGUGGAUGAGCAGCAGGUGCGGCCCGAGGCCGUACAGGAUCAGCCGCAUUCCUUCGCGUCUCAAAUGCCCAUUCGCGCGGGCGCAUCGGUUGCAUGGGGGACGGCGCUCAACGCCGGUGGCCUGUGCCAGGGCAGCAACGACACGAUAACCGUGGCCCAAGGAGAGCGGUUUGCCCUGUUUUCGGGGAACAAGCUCGCGGGUCACGGGAGAACAGGACAAGACCUCCACAGCUCUGCUGGUGCGCCUAGAGUCUUCAACAUGAAGCCGAUCCAGCAGGUCGCCGCCGGCUGGAGAAGCCGUCAGUGA